GUUUUUAUUCAAAAUCCAAGACAAGCUUGAGUGGUUUUCCAGGGCUGCAGGGCUAGGAUAGGCUUUUAUAAUUGUGUGUUCCACUUGUGUCAUGCAGCAGAGGAAUGUUUAUCAUUAUGUUAUAAACCUCACCCACUUAAAGUACUCAGUUCAGAUUUAUAGGGAUAGGGGAAGGAAAAAGAGAGAGAAAGAUGAUUUAAUUGUUGCAAUUUUCCCUAACUUAACAUAUUGGUGGUGUUUACGAUGGGAGCAUGAAGAAUGUCGGAUAACCCUGGGAGUCAUUGGUCAGGAGGACUUCGUGUUGGUUGCUGUGUGUCUGUCUCUGGGUCAUUUAGAUGCGUAAACAACUGUUUCCCCUUCCGCAGCGUUAGUCGCAGCCAUCUCGCAGAUCUCUGUAGUCGAUGGCCACGCCAUGCACGGUAUCCUUCCCAAAGCUCAGCUCCUUUCUAUCACCAGAUAAACCCAAAAAGAUUAUCUUUGGGUUUAUCUGGUGAGUGAGUGUUGUGAGUGUCUUCUCCUCAGAACUUCUCUUGUUCCGUCGUCUCGAGCUGAUAAGUGUUAGUGAUGGAAGUCAUUCGCUGAAUUCAAACAGCACCUUUGGCGUGCUCCUGCUUGGUCUUGUGACGCUGUUGCACUCCACAGCAGCAGACCUUUCUGCUCCCGUCUCUUCUGUUUUUGUUUGUUUGCUGGUUUCCUGUAGUGACCUUCAGGGCAUCAUACGACCAUCUCGUGUCCUCUUGGUUCCAUGACUUCUCUACCUGAUGUGGCCUCGUGUGUAACCGAUCGCUGUUAUAGCGAGAUCCUCUGCCAUCUGACGGGGGGCCUGUUUUGAUAACUGCAAGGUUUGGGCCGACAAGUGAAGCACAUUCCAGCCGACUAACAGCACCAAGCCCGAAGAGAUGGCCCUCAGCAUGAAUUGCCUUUACUGGACCAGCUGUGGACAGGGAUGCGUGUUGUGAUGGUGAUCAUUUACAAGAAAACAGUGGAAAAAAAGGGUGGCGGCGAUGUAACAGCAGCAACACACACAGACUUGGGCACGGUGCCAACCAUGAGCCAAGGAGCGGCACUUUUUUCUUGUGGACUCAUGGAGACAAGCCGAUGGUGUGAGGUGGCGACCAGCUGUGCCUUGCAGCAGCGGCCGGUCGGAACCAGCUUGGAGAGCCUGUGGGACGUCCUGCCCGAAGUGCACAGAACUUCUGCCCACUGGGGUUGGGAUGUGGGCUCCACAUCCAACACCAUUUCCAGCCUAUUGCAGGACCUGAGUCUGACCGAGGCCUCACACUCCACCGCGCCCCCCAGCAAGCGGCAAUGCCGGUCCCUGUCCUGCUCUGACGAGUUGAGCAGCUGCCGCUCCACCUGGCGCCCUCAAAGCUCCCGAGUGUGGACUUCGGUGGAGAAGAGGAGGUGCCACAGCGGGGGCAGCGUUCAGCGCAGCGGCCUCGGGAACUCGCAGCUCUGCUUCCCAGCCAUGCAGCGCAGCUCCAGCUUCAGCCUUCCCGCCCGAUCCAACGGCCAAGAGCAGCCCUGCUUCCCCCAGCUGUCGUCCAGGCCUUCCGCCUUCUCUGGCCCAAAUCCCAACACCUCCGAUCCGUCUACCCAGCCCCUUUACCUCUCCCAUGAACAAAUCUGCCUUCCUGAGGCAGAGGAACCCUCACCUGCGAGCUCGCCAGACUCCACUCCAGAACUUGAGCGCCGCGGUGGAGAAGGUGGCCUUGCCCGGAGUCGCUCCCAGCCGUGUGUCUUAAAUGACAAAAAGAUUGGUGUGAAACGCAGGCGGCCAGCAGACUCUCAGAAGCAGAGGCCUUCCCUGGAUCUGGCAAAGAUGACUCAGAAACUUAAGAAUUUCCACAGCCUCAGCUGCCCUGGGAUCACAAGCGACGACCCGUUGAAGUCCGGCCCGGCGGCCCUCUCUCUCAGGCCCAACGUCGACGACCUGUCCGACAACGAGGUCGGCUCGGAGAUCAACGGGAACGAGUCGUCCAACGCCGACUGGAACCCCAGGGACCGCGGCGACAACACGACGGCGGGAACGACCGGAGGGAAGGACGGCGAGACCCUGUGGGUGGGGCUGUGCAGCAUGACGAGGGAUAUGUACCAGUUGGGAGGAGAACUCGACAUCGAGCAGAUUGAGAGGAACUGAGCUGAGCUGCUUUUUAUUUUUUUUUCUCCUCCGGCGGGGAAGCUAAUCACGGGACUGGAAGUUUAUCACCAGGUGGUACAAUAAACAGUGCUGAUAGUCUUAAGGACAAAGCAAAAGGGGAGCUCAUGCAGAGAGCAUUCCAGGGCUUCUUUUUUCUUCUUCUUCGUAAAGAGAGACUGAGCAGGAGUUUUGUGCUUUAAAUGUCCAUGUUUGGGGACUUUGUGUUGUUAAAGGCGACCCCCACCCCCCACUGUGGGGUGUCUCAGAAUAAAACGGAAAUCAGGGAAGAAGGCUCUGAGUGGAAAUAAGAAAAAAACAAAACAAAAUGGAUACUCUGACAUCACUCUAACCCUGAAUAGCCUACUUGUGCUUUGUUUGGAGAGAAUUCACAGCAGGUUUGUAUAAAUUCUCUGCACUAGAAAGAGUGUCUUUAUUUUUCCUCUGACGUUCCUUACUAGCACAUAGGUACAUGAUGGAGACGAAUGAACACCACUUAUCGAGCUACUGUUGAAGCUCUGUUCACUCUUUACUGAGCAGCAAGCAGCACAAAACAUUAAGUAUCCAGAUGCUUUACUGAGAUCUGAGCUCCUGAAAGUCUGGAAGACGCUUUGAGAUGCUAACUGUGUUAAUGUUCUUUCUUUCUUAUGAUUUGUAACUACAAAGUUAUGUAAAACAUGGACAUAAUUUCUACAUAAAAAAUAAAAUAAACACAGGUUUAAAAGUGUAAA